AUUCUGACUUAAGCUCAGGACUUCCAGAAGACAGCUAUUCUUCAGGAGGUGAAGCCCUGGACGGUGAUGAUGAAGAUGAAACAGCAGCCCUUGGCAAUGCAGUUGAAGAGGCAACAAGCUCCAAAGCUGGCCCAAGCGCAGGCUGGGCAGAUGCCAUGGCGAAAGUGCUCAACAAAAAGAUUCCGCAAAAUAAGUCCACCAUCUUGGCCAAGAAUAAAAAACUGGAGAAGGAGAGAGAAAAGGAAAAACAAGAAAGGCUGGAGAAGAGGAUGAAGCUCGAUAAAAAGCGGGAAUGGGAAAUGAUGUGCCGAGUGAAGCCAGAUGUUGUCAAAGACCGAGACAGAGAAAGAAAUCUUCAGAGAAUUGCCACGAGAGGUGUUGUACAAUUAUUUAAUGCUGUCAGGAUGCACCAAAAGAACGUUGAUGAGAAGGUGAAGAAAGCUGGGAGCUCUGACAGGCAGCGUGCUAAACUGCUGUCAUCUGUUUCAAAGAAAGAUUUCAUCAAUGUUUUAAGAAACAUGGAGGGUGCUAAAGGAAGCAAGAAUCCUGCUGGAAAGGCCAAAAAAAGUAAACAG